AUGUUUCCUCUCGGGUUCGCAAUCGCAGCGAGUCUCAUAGUUCUGCCAUCAGUACAUUGUUCUUCGAACGUCAAUCUAUUGGUAUCAGAAUGGAGCAACUCUACCGUACAGCAUUCACAAGGUGGCAAUGCACUGUGUCUUUCUGGAAAGGUCCCUGUUCCCGUCAUAGCUACAACGACAAAUCUUCUACUACCCGAACUUGCUAGUCAAACAGAGAUAACACAAAUCUUCCAGGAAUUACUCCAGAGCCAUUCGAACAUUAUUAAUACGACUUAUGGAGGGACCUCCCGUAUCAAUUCAACAUUUAAGGUGGACGCAACAUAUUGUGUACCUUCCUACGAAGAGACGAAUUUCUCUGUAAUGACAAAUUCCUCCGCAAAGACGAUACAGAUUUUGACUCAUGGUAUGGGGCUGGACAAGAGUUAUUGGGAUAUAUUACCAGGUUAUAGCUACGUGGAUGCUGCUGCCGCUGCUGGAUAUGCUACUCUUAGCUAUAAUCGUUUAGGUGUUGGGGGUUCCGACCAUCCUGAUCCGCUCCAGAUCGUUCAGGCGACAGUAGAUGUCGAGAUACAACAUGGUCUCACAUUAUUGGUUCGACAAGGUUAUUUCAACAAGAUUUUCGAGAAUGUAAUCGGGGUUGGUCAUUCAUAUGGCUCAAUUAUCCAGUUAGCCCAGAAUGCGAAAUACCCUAAUGAUGUUAAUGGCACAGUAUUGACGGGGUUUGUUAAUGAUGUGGCAUCUUUAAGCUAUACUAUUGCUGCCAAUAAUCCUGCUGUCGCAGCUAUCAACAAUUCAACGUUAUGGGGAAAUUUGCCAUAUGGCUAUGUAGUCCACGAUACCGCCAUUUCCAUGCAACUUCCAUUUUUUCGGGUACCUUACUUUCCAGAGAGCACAUUCAAGCAUGAAGUAGCCCAAAAGCAGACCUAUACUAUCGGUCAACAGUUUACACUGCCUGCUAUCUACUCACCCGCACCAAAAUUCAAAGGGCCAGUUGAUAUAGUCAUUGGAAAGUACGACUUUCCAUUCUGCCAAGGAAGGUGCGAUCACCCUGUCGAUCUAGCUGCAGCGACCAUACCAGUCCUGUACCCAGCGGCAGAUUCCAAGUCGGAAAGUUUUGUUGUGCCAGACUCCGGCCAUCUCAUUAACGCACAUUACAAUGCUUAUGUUCAGUUCGAUCAGAUCAAUGACUUUCUUGAUAGAAACGGGUUUUAG